CCCGCCAUGCUGCUGGGCCCCUGGCUGGUGGCGGCGGCGGCGGCGGCGGUAGCGGCGGGCGCCGGGGCGGGCUGCCCGGUGCUGUGCACCUGCCGCGGGCAGGCGGUGGACUGCAGCGGGCAGCGGCUCUUCUCGGUGCCCCCCGAGCUGCCGCUGGACACCGGCAACCUCAGCCUGGCCCACAACCGCAUCGCCAGCAUCCCGCCGGGCUACCUGGCCUGCUACGGCCAGCUGCGGGCCCUCGACCUGCGCAACAACUCGCUGGCGGCUCUGCCGGCCGGGCUCUUCCUGGGGGCUCGCCGCCUGGCCCACCUCGACCUCAGCUACAACAACUUCAGCCUGGUGCCGGCCGACAUGUUCCUGGAGGCCAGCGGGCUGCUGCGCCUCGACCUCAGCCACAACCCCGGCCUGCGGCGGGUGCACCCCCAAGCCUUCCGGGGCCUGGCCCAGCUGCGGGAGCUGGACCUCAGCUACGGGGGGCUGUCGGCCAUCAGCCUCGACGCCCUGGAGGGGCUGCCGGGGCUGGUGGGCCUCCGCCUGGGGGGCAACCCCUGGGUGUGCGGCUGCGCCAUGGAGCCCUUCCUCAAGUGGCUGCGGGGACGCAUCCAGCGCUGCGCGUCGGAUUCGCAGCUGGCCGAGUGCCGGGCCCCCCCUGAGGUGGCGGGAGCGCCCCUGCUCUCCCUGACGGAGGAGAGCUUCCAGGCCUGCCACCUCACCCUGACGCUGGACGACUAUCUCUUCAUCGCCUUCGUCGGCUUCGUCGUCUCCAUCGCCUCGGUGGCCACCAACUUCCUGCUGGGCAUCACCGCCAACUGCUGCCACCGCUGGAGCAAGGCCAGCGAGGACGAGGACGUUUAG